AUGGCCGAGCCUACCAGCGACGCGCUUCUCUUUGAGGAGCAGUUCGAGAUAACCAACGUCGACCACAAGAAGUACGACCGAGCAGCCCGCAUCACGGCCAGCUCCCUCGACCGCGCCACCAGCCUGGAACUUGACAUCAACACUGAACUCUUCCCUCUCACUGCAACCGAGAAUAUCGAAGUUGCACUGGCCACGACACUGAAUCUUGACGGCUCAAGGGAUGACGAGAAGACAUGGCGUGACGUUGCGAAGCCUGGGGCGCAGACGCUCGCCGACGGGUACAACUAUGUCUGCUACGGCAAGGUCUACAAGUUUGAGGACGGAAAAGCAGACAAGACUCUGAAAGCCUACGUCUCAUUCGGCGGGCUUCUCAUGGCUUUGGAGGGACCUGACAGCAAGCUCACACCUCUGCGCGUGGACAACGUCUACCUCCUCGUUAGGAAGUAA